GAGAGUGUUUGAAUGGGCAGCGCGGGGAGCGCAGAGGACACGCGUGGAGUCAGGGGUCCCCGCCUGUCCAGCUCGCUCCCGCACUUCCACACCAUCAUGCUGGACACGUUCCCACACCAUGAAUCCCGCCAACGAGACCAGGACUGAGAGGAGCGCGGAACCCUAUCUGUUCGCGCUCGGCACCUAUAAACUUCUGGCGUUCACUAUCGGAACCAUCGGCGUGUUCGGCUUCUGCAACAACAUCGUGGUCAUCGCACUUUACUGCAAAUUCAAGCGGCUGCGGACCCCGACGAACCUGCUGCUGGUCAACAUCAGCCUGAGCGACCUGCUGGUGUCCGUCAUCGGGAUAAACUUUACGUUCGUUUCGUGCGUCAAGGGAGGAUGGAUCUGGAGCCGGGCGACCUGCGUCUGGGACGGAUUCAGCAACAGCUUAUUCGGCAUCGUGUCCAUCAUGACGCUGGCGGCUCUGGCCUAUGAGCGCUACAUCCGGGUGGUGCACGCUCAAGUGGUGGACUUCACCUGGGCUUGGCGGGCCAUCGCCCACAUCUGGCUCUACUCUCUGGCCUGGACAGGGGCGCCCCUGUUGGGAUGGAACCGGUACACGCUGGAGAUCCACCAGCUGGGCUGCUCGCUGGACUGGGCUUCCAAGGACCCCAACGAUGCGUCUUUUAUUCUCUUCUUCCUGCUGGCCUGCUUCUUCGUCCCCGUGGGCAUCAUGAUCUACUGCUACGGCAACAUUCUGUACACGGUCAAAAUGCUGCGCUCCAUCCAGGACCUCCAGACCGUGCAGGUCAUCAAGAUCCUUCGCUACGAGAAGAAAGUGGCCGCCAUGUUCCUCCUCAUGAUCACCUGCUUCCUGGUGUGCUGGACGCCGUACGCCGUGGUGUCCAUGAUGGAGGCCUUCGGGAGGAAGAGCAUGAUCUCCCCCACUGUGGCCAUCAUCCCCUCCUUCUUCGCCAAGUCCAGCACGGCCUACAACCCGCUCAUCUACGUCUUCAUGAGCCGGAAGUUUCGCCGCUGCUUGCUGCAGCUGCUCUGCUCCCGCCUCUCCUGGCCGCAGCACAGCUUCAAAGAGCGCCCCCUGGCUUCGGCGGAGCGGCCCAUCAGACCCAUUGUGGUCUCCGACGGCUGCAGUAGCCGCAACAGGCCCAAAAAGAGGGUGACGUUCAACUCGUCCUCCAUCGUUUUCAUCAUCACCAGCGACGACCUGCAGCGGCUGGACGUGCCCUCCAAGAGCAGCGAGUCCACGCGGCUGAACGUCAUUCAAGUGAGGCCGCUGUGAUCGGCCGCGACUGGACUUCUCACCUCCUGCCUCAGUGUGCUCGACACGUGCGGUCGAGCCCGUACGAUUCCGUCUGACCUCCCUCUGCCUUGCUUAGCUUCUACAAACACGGGCGCAUUCACAAGCUCCAAAAUCCCAAGUACAUUUGUAGAUUUGAAGAUGAGCUUAGAGAGCUCCUUCCUGCACAGUAGAUAUAGAUCCAACUGUACCGUUUCAAAUAUUAGGUGCUAAGAUGUAGAGUAGUUUGUAAAGUUUCUAUGACAAUAUUCAAACUCAUGAAAGUAGCAGCUCCAAAUCUAAUCAGAUAUGACCUCAUCAAUACUGGCAAAGAGCCAUAUUACUGUCGCACAAGGUUCCCAAAUAUGUAAAUAUUAGUUUCACUUCAUAGCAGCCGUGUUUGUAAAUUUCCAUGAGUAGAGAACCUGUGAGGCUCUUUUCGAUUAGAUCGAGAAAAACUGUGGAAAAUAUAUUUUUUUAUUUAGUCGAUUAUUUUUUGUCAAAGUUAUUUUGCACUUUUUAACCCUUUUUAAAUUUAAUUUAAAUCAAUUAAUUUAUCGGUUGCUCUUAUCCACUUUUUGAUAAUAAUUUUGAUUUUUUUCAGAAUUGUUUUGUGUUUAUUUAUCAGUAAUGUUUAACAAACAUUGUAUUAUAAGAUUAUUAUUAUUGCAACAUUAAUAAUUGAUAAGAAACUGAAUUUUUAUGAUGACAGUGUUUUCAAAAUGUAUUCAAUGUUUUUUUUAAUUUUGAUAAAUUAUAUAUAUAAAUGUUAAAAUAAAGUAAAUUUUGAAUUGUAUACAAUUAACUUGCAAUUUGUAUUUUAAACUGAAUAUUUGUGUUCUGUUAUUGUAAUAUCAACAUCCAAAAUGUUCAUGUCAACAUGAAUCCAUACAAUGUAGAAAGCAAAAAUAAUAUUUUAGGAGACGAUAAAAACAUUUUUCUUUUGGUCAGAAAACAAGGUAUAACAAUGUGCAAUAAGGUAAUAAAUAAUUUAACCAAUUUAAGUGGAAUCUACAACUAAUGCACAGCUCUGUAUUUGUUUUAUGGUGUUAUAGAUUUCCUCCAUCUGUUUUAUUGCUUUUGUAGCAUUUGCUUCCAAAUCACAAUCCGCAAGAUCAGAGUGAAGGAAACACGUAUUUUCUUCAGUCUGAGAUUGUCGUUUUUAUUAGGAAUGAAUGUGUCACCUCGGUUUCAAUGAGACGGCGCCUCCUGGUGGGUUGUCCUAAACCAAACCUUCUCCCAUCUUGGUGAUGGUCCUCACGUCCACUUUCACCACAUACAUGAACGUUGUUAUCUUCCUCUUCGUCAUCUCCAACCUUCUUGGUGCAACUUUGUCUCCAAGCUUCUCCACAUAUGACCCUCUGAUAUACUCAUUCCUGGCUCCCAAUAGUCGCGCCAAUGUAUGGAUCACCCAUUAAAGCCUCUCAACAAGGUGGCGCCAAAUGCUAUCUGUUACUUCCGUUUACCUGUCUACUUGAUUUUGCUCACUAUGAUGGCAAAUCAAGUCCAAUCUUUCAGACCUUAAGUUUGGACGACAAAUCGCUUGUGAAAGUGCCCUUAUUGUAUAUACUCUGUCAGCUGCAGCCUCAACCCAAAACCUCAGUAUCACAGUCUUUUCCUGAUGGUACAAUCGAAGCAGGCAGUAUGAGAGUCCUCAUCUGCCGCCAGUUGUUGUGAUCUAGAAGUACAUGUGAUGAUGUAGUAGCCCACUUGUGAAGCAUAUUUAGCACGUGUGUGACAACCGUAGGCCGAGUAGCUGGAGGGCGGCGGGAGUUUUUCGUGUGGUUGGUACCCAACUGUGUGGGAUAUAAGCCUUAGCUCACUAGCCAUAUUAACCAGAGACGGUCUUUGCUGUGGACGGAUUCAAUAAAGAGA